UUCCAGUUCACAGUACUUAUUCUAUUUUUAAUCGCUCGCCAAUAUUAGACCUAUUACUUAUACAGAUCAAGAACCAUGCCAAAGGUUCAUCCAAAUUCAACAACAACAAAACCCACAGAAAUCCCCAGACAUAUUUCAGACAGACAGGUGGAGGUAUUAACAGUAUGGAAAAAAUCACUCAUCUUCAACUGUGACGGUUAUACCGUUUUUGAUACUAAAGGAAAUCUCGUCUUUCGUGUUGAUAAUUAUCAAUCUGGGAAGAAAGAAAUUGUUUUAAUGGAUGGCAUAGGAAAAUCUCUUCUUAUAAUUCGUCGUAAGAAAUUGAGUUUGGCAGAUAAUUGGAUGGUGUUCGACGGAGAAACUUCGAGUAGUCCAAUAUUCCUGGUGAAAAAGCCCGUGAAUUUAAUGGCAUCAAAGAACUUAGCUCACGUUACAUCCUGCCAGAGUAACAAUAAGAGUUUGAUUUACGAGAUUAGUGGAUCUUAUGCACAACGGCAUAUGGCUGUAUAUGAUCACACAAAGAGACUAGUAGCUGAAAUUCAGAAGAAAGAAGCUAAAGCAGGUGUAUCAUUUGGUGGUGAUGUUUUUAAGCUGAUAGUGCAACCUGAACUUAAUCAGACAGGCUCUUGUUAUAUUAAUGGAACAAAUGUUCGGAUUAAGAAGAUCGAUCAGUUUAGGGUGAUUAAAGAAGCCUUGGGUGAUGAACGGUGUGAUAGUGCACUGAUAUACGUAUAUUUCCUGAAAUUCAAACCAUCAUCUUUAAUUCCUCGACUGACAUCCACAUCAUAUCGGAAAUUGGAUAUUGAAAACAAUACUGGCAAUCAGGUCAAAAGAGGAAUUUAAAUGAGAGAUUGCCGUUGUUGCUGAAAUACCUCAUGCCGGAUAGUAUGGUUGGCUAAGGAAAGCUAUAACCAGAUGCUAGCUCAAGAUAACGAGUUGAAGCAAAUAGAAACCUGGGACACCAAAUAAAGUCAUCAUUAUGACCGACGAGAUGUAAACCAAGAGCUUUACCAAAUUGUCAAAUACACAUUCUUCAGCGGAGUCUGCACAAAAGUGGACGAAAAAGAAACAAAGGUUCUUUAUUUUGACGUCUCUGGUCAAAUGACCAUGGUCCUAUGAAAACGCGUUUCCCGCUGUUUUUCAAACUUGAUUGCAGCUACUAGAUGUGUGAGACUUCUUUGUGGCCUCGUCGGUGAAGCCCAAUUGAAUUGUUUUACAUUCUAUGUAUUUCUCAUAAGGUCAAGGUCGAAUAAAUUGAAACCGCUUCACCAUUUUUUCUUUA